AUGCAACUCUCAAUACUUCUAUCCACCGCCGUGCUAUGCCUCAGCACAGCGGUCAACAGCUUACCGCUCCUCGAAGCACGCCAGACAGUCACUCCACCAGCACGAUAUUACCUACACACAAAGGUCGUGAAUGGUGACCACAAGGACACAGGCUCUAACAAAACCAAUCUGUGGCUUUACUCGUACCAUACCGGUGCCGGCCUCGGUGACGUCGGCCUUUCCUCCAACAAGUCCAUUGCCUGGGAGGGCUAUCUCAACGGCACCCAGCAGUUCUUCACCUACGAGAACAACCAGAUCGGUCCCUGGCCGCUAGGUAUUGGAUACGGUCCCUAUCAACAAUUCAACCCCGCCACCAUCAGCAUAGCAGAUGAGCCUACAGAGGGGUUCUUCUUCAACUCGACAGGCCUCCAGUAUAAUUAUACCAACGCUGGAUGGCUAGCAUGUGACUGGUGGCACGGUGUACCACAGCUGUUCAACGAAAACGGCUCUCCUUAUGGACCCAUCCCGAGCUCAUGCUCAAGGGUCCAGAUCCUGCCCGUUGCCGUCUAA